GCCAGCGCGACCCAGAACCGCCGGUGGCCCGGACCUCCACCGCCUCCGGAGGACGCCCUGCCGCGGUGGGGGAACCGUCGUCGUCCGCUCUGUUUCACGCCGGAGCGGGCGCGGCGGGGGCCGGCAGAGCGGACAUCAUCAUGGCGCUACGCGCGGCUCCGGGCCGCGGCCGGUGGCUCGCGCGCGCGUUCGCGGGGCCGGUGGCGGCCCGGGUCCCUCCGCUUCUCCCCACACUAUCUGCCGCCGCCGCCGCCGCCACCUGGGCCCUGCCUCCGGGCGGGCUCCGCCCGCUGCGGCCUGCCGCCCGGUUCGCCAGCACCGGCGGUCAGGGUCCGGAGGACGAGGGUCCGCAGCGGCGGGUGGUGGUGGUGAGGAUCACCAGCCCCCUCGCCUGGCUCCGCACUCGCUUCUAUUACCUCCUCAUCCGCCUCUACUUCGACCAGGAGUUCAGCGUCGAGGAGUUCACGCGUGGGGCCAAGCAGGCCUUUUCUGUGGUUUCAAAGCUGCUGUCUCAGCAUAAACUUGACCUGCUGGAGGAACUUGUAUCAGCAGAGGUACUUCAGGUGCUGAAGGAAAAGAUUUCUUUGCUCCCUGACAACCACAGGGAUGCUUUAGCAGCUGACAUUGAUGCAAUCAUGUACACAACAGAAGGAGAUGUUCGCAUUUACUAUGAUGAUGAUGGAAGGAAGUUUGUUAGUAUUCUGAUGCGUUUCUGGUAUCUGAAUGGUGCUAACCUACCUGAUGAAGUACCAGGUGAAACCAAAGUUUUCCAGAUUGUGUUUGGAGAUGAAAGCACAAAAGAAAAAAGACAUCUUUUAACAGCAAACUAUGAGUUCCAAAGGGAAUUUACAGAAGGAGCAAAACCAGACUGGACAAUUACACGGAUUGAGCAUCCAAGGCUAUUAGAAUAAAUGCCUUCUGCAGUCUUUUUAUGUAUUGUUGUAAAUGUUCUGCUAUAACAAACUGGGCUUUUUUUGGUCUCUCUUCCUUUCCUGCUUUCUCCUCCAAAAGAGGGAUGAAUUUUGUAUGUUUGAUUUCCCAGAAUUGUUCCUGAAAUUCACAAUAUGCGUUACAAUAAAGCCUUUUCCCUGGAA